GGCACGGCGGAGCGGCCGGGCGGGAGCAGCGGGUGUAAUUUUGACAUGAGGAAAAGCUGAGAGAAUUGGGCGUGUUCAACCUGGAGAAGAGAAGCUCCGGGGUGACCUAAUUGUGGCCUUCGAGGCAGUCUCCAAAAUCCACCAUGAUUUCUCUCUUUGAGCCCGAGUUCCUGAAGGUCAUCAUGGGAGUCGUGUGUGGUGUGUGCCUGGGCUGGGGCAUCCGGGGGAGGCUCCGCAGGAAGCCUGGGGCUGGAAUAAUGCCAGAGCCUUCCAACAGCCUGGGGGGAGAGGCUGACAUCAUGGGGGAGUCCGGGGAGCUCAAGCUGGUGCUGAUCGUCCGCAACGACCUGAAGAUGGGCAAAGGCAAAGUAGCAGCACAGUGCUCCCACGCUGCUGUCUCUGCCUACAAGCAGGUUCACAAAAGGAAUCCCGAGCUCCUCAAGCAGUGGGAAUAUUGUGGACAACCUAAAGUGGUCCUCAAAGCUCCCGAUGAAGAGACUCUGGUGCAGCUCCUGGCUGAGGCGAAGCACCUGGGGCUGACUGUGAGCUUGAUACAGGAUGCUGGGCGUACUCAGAUAGCUCCAGGUUCCAGGACAGUCCUUGGGAUUGGACCAGGACCAGCUGAUAUCAUAGAUAAAGUUUCUGGUCACCUGAAACUCUUCUAAACCAGUACCAAAAAGACCUGGGUGUGUUCAUGUAUCUCAGUACUGAAAGGUUAAAAAUGCAAGUUGGGUUGUUUUGUUUUUUUUUUUUUUCCCCUGUAUUUUCCCUCAGUGUUAAUAAAAUAAGCAAGUUUUGUAAGAUUUAAAUUUGUAAAUCAUGACUCUAUCUAGCUUGUGUUCUGAAAGGGGGAAAGAAAAUUCUAGGCUGAGGGCAGCUGAGGAAAGCAGAGCAGGAACAAGAAGAAACCUGGUAAAUUCCCAACUUGGAUUUUGCAUGUUGGUUGAUCAUAUAAGAGUUUCCUCUUUCUGCCUGUUUUUUUUGUAGUGAAUG